UUGACGCCGAUCCGCUAACUUUGUGUGAACAGGCAAGCGAAGCAUUAGACCUUUUGACUGUCCAUUUUUUUCUCGGUAACGGUUACUGAUGAAAAUGUCGUGUGCUGUGUGUUAAUAACGGCGGUAUUUGCUGUCCCCUUUAAUAGCAGUCGUUUAAAACGGAAACGCUAGCGAACUCUUCUCUGUAUCCCUCACCUCCCCGACCAGCGUCCUGUGACCAGCGCUAGCUAUGAUGUGAUUGUGAAGAACUGCCGUCGAGGGAAGUUAUAAUUGACAUUAUCGUAGCUGAAUGGCUACAACACCAGCCUGUCCGCCUUCAUUUAACGCAUGAAUGCUGUUAUUUCGGCCGUCAUUUGAGCUCCGCGUCGGGAGGGACCGCUAAAUUUUCGUGGCGGAAAUAACCGAAGAGACCGCAUCCACGGCGCCGUAGUUCACAUCAGAGAAAUAUGUCUUUCUUCAAUUUUCGGAAGAUAUUCAAGUUAGGGCCUGACAAGAAGAAGAAGCAGUACGAACAUGUACACAGAGACGUUAACCCAGAGGAAAUUUGGGAGAUUAUUGGGGAACUGGGAGAUGGAGCUUUUGGGAAAGUGUACAAGGCCCAGAACAAGCAGAAUGGGACCCUCGCUGCUGCCAAGGUUAUUGACACAAAGACGGAGGAUGAAUUGGAGGAUUACAUGGUAGAGAUUGACAUUCUGGCCUCUUGCAACCACCAUUACAUCGUCAAACUGCUGGAUGCCUUUUAUUUUGAAGGCAAACUUUGGAUUCUGAUUGAGUUUUGUGCAGGUGGCGCAGUGGAUGCCAUCAUGCUGGAACUGGAGAGGCCCCUGACAGAGCCUCAGAUCCGUGUGGUGUGUAAGCAGACUUUGGAGGCCUUGUCUUACCUCCAUGAGAACAAGAUCAUCCACAGAGACUUGAAAGCCGGGAACGUUCUCCUUUCCUUGGAUGGAGAUGUGAAACUGGCUGACUUUGGGGUGUCUGCUAAAAAUACCAAGACGUUACAGAGAAGAGAUUCUUUCAUCGGCACUCCGUAUUGGAUGGCCCCAGAGGUGGUAAUGUGCGAAACGUCAAAGGACCGUCCAUACGACUACAAGGCCGAUAUCUGGUCCCUCGGGGUAACCCUGAUAGAGCUGGCGCAGAUUGAGCCACCCAACCACGAGAUGAAUCCCAUGAGAGUGCUGCUGAAAAUAGCCAAGUCCGAGCCGCCCACACUCAUGCAUCCCUCUCGCUGGUCACCAGAAUUCAAUGACUUUCUGCGGAAAGCACUUGAUAAGAAUGUGGACAAUAGGUGGAGCGCAGUACAGCUUCUACAGCAUCCCUUUGUCACCAGUGUAACUGAUAGCAAACCUCUCAGAGAGCUCAUAGCUGAGGCCAAAGCUGAAGUCACAGAGGAGAUCGAGGACAGCAAAGAGGAGGAGGAGGAAGAAGACCCUGAUACACCUCUGGCUGCUCCUGGGCACAAGCGAGCACCAUCAGAUGCCAGUGUGGCCAGCUCAGAGGAUGACAAAGUCCCACCAACUCCCUCCAUGCUGGAAUCUGUUACAGAAAAGACGGAGGUGGAAGCUGUUGAGGACCGGACCAGUGAUAAGCUCUCUGAUGAAGGACUUGGAACAAGUGAGGUAGACAAGACUGAGGAGGAGAAACUCAACGAGGUGUCUGAUGCCAGUAAUGAAGACCUGGCGUCUGGGACAGUAGAUCCCGCCAAGGACUUUGUCUCACAAGAUCCUACAGAGGCUAAACCAGAAGAUGGCCAAGGUGAAGAGAUUCCUGCUGAGCCUGUAGUAUCACAGCCAGAAGAACCUGUAGAUACCCAAGAACUUGUCACAGAUGGUCACGAAACAGAGGAGGAACAGAAGGAGACUCAAGAAGAGAAAACAGAGGAAGAACCUACUGAAGUAACAGAAGAAGAAGCACAGCCUGAGGAUGUGAAAGAGGAGGAAGAAAAAGAAGCAGGUACACAAGAAUCCAGGGAAUCACAGGAGCAACCUGAGGAUACACCAGGGGAACCAGAAACUAUAUCAGGGGAAGUAGCACAGGCAGAAGAAGAAAGCAAAGAACCGAGUGACGAGAUUCCUCAGCACAAAGUGACAGAGGACAGAAUAGAUGGCACAGCUAAUGGCACAGAUGUAGAUGUAGACACAGAGAAAGUAGAAUCAAGUGUAAUAGACACAAACAUAAAUGGAGAUACAGACACAAAGUCAAGUGUGGAUGAGUCCUCUACUGAUGUUUUGUUAGAGAAGGAGACCAUAGAAAGUCAGCCAGAGGAAAAGCCUGAGGAUGAGGCCCCUGAGGAGCCUGAGGAGCCUGAGCAGCCCAAACAAGAGAAUCAGACCAGAGAGGAGGCUGAACCAGAGAAACAGGCACCAACUGAAUCCAUUAAUGGAGUCAGUGAUGAAGUCAAAGACACCUCUGAGGAUUCAGAACAUGUGGUGCCAUCUAAAGACGUCCCUACACAGCAAGAUGAGGAGAAAGCUACGCGUGCUGAUGAGAUCACUUCCCAAGAUGCCGUCUCUGUCCCGGAGAGUGAAACAGAUUCUGAAACCAAGACGGAGCAAGGAAGCCCUGCUGUGAUCAAGCCAGAUGUGGAGAAGGACUCUGACUCUGGAAGCAGCUCUGCUGCUGAUAGCAGCAGCCUUGACCUCAAUCUGUCCAUCUCUAGCUUCCUGUCUAAGAGCAAAGAAGGGGGCUCUAUUUCUUUGCAGGAAUCAAAACGGCAGAAGAAGACUCUGAAGAAGACACGUAAGUUUAUGGUGGAUGGUGUGGAGGUCAGCGUGACGACAUCGAAGAUAGUGACAGAUAACGACACCAAGAGUGAGGAGAUGAGGUUCCUGAGGCGGCAGGAGUUGAGAGAGCUGCGCCUCCUGCAGAAAGAGGAGCAAAGGGCCCAGCAGCAGCUGAGCAACAAGCUGCAGCAGCAGAGAGAGCAGAUCUACCGGCGCUUUGAACAGGAAACUGCUGCUAAGAAGCGUCAAUAUGACCAAGAAGUGGAAAAUCUUGAGAAGAAGCAGAAGCAGACCAUUGAGCGACUGGAACAGGAUCACACCAGCCGGCUUCGAGAUGAAGCCAAACGCAUCAAAGCGGAUCAAGACAAGGAGCUCUCAAAGUUCCAAAACAUGCUGAAGAACCGCAAGAAAGAGGUCAAACAGGAAGUUGGACAGUCACCCAAACACAUGAGAAAAGAGCUCAUGAAACGCUUAAAGGAGGACCUAUCGCUCCUUAAGACUGCAGAGGAGCAGGAGUUUCUGCAGAAGCAGCAGCAAGACCUGGAUGGAGCUCUGAAGAAAAUCAUCCAGCAGCAUAAACUAGAGAUCGCCACUAUUGAGAGAGACUGCCUCAACCACAAGCAGCAGCUGAUGAGAGCUCGAGAGGCAGCCAUGUGGGAGUUAGAGGAGCGCCACCUGCAGGAGAAGCACCAGCAGCUGAAGCAGCAGUUGAAAGACCAGUACUUCCUGCAAAGACACCAGCUGCUGAAGAGACAUGAGAAAGAGAUGGAGCAGAUGCAGCGCUACAACCAGCGGCUGAUAGAGGAGAUGAAGAAUAAACAGACUCAAGAGAGGGUUCGUCUGCCCAAGAUCCAGCGCAGCGAGGCCAAGACCCGCAUGGCCAUGUUCAAGAAGAGCCUCCGCAUCACUGCCACAGCAGCUGUCACCCCAGAGCAGGAGAGAGAACGAAUUAAACAGUUUGCUUCUCAGGAGGAAAAGAGGCAGAAGAACGAGAGGCUUCAUCAACACCAGAAACACGAGAACCAGAUGAGAGAUCUACAGCUGCAGUGUGACUCAAACAUCAGGGAGCUGCAGCAGCUACAGAAUGAGAAAUGCCACCUUCUGAUUGAACAUGAGACCCAAAAGCUGAAGGAGCUGGAUGAGGAGCACAGCCAAGAGAUAAAGGAGUGGAGGGAGAAGCUCAGACCCAGGAAAAAGGCGUUAGAGGAGGAGUUUACACGGAAGCUUCAGGAGCAGGAAGUCUUCUUCAAGAUGAGCGGUGAAUCUGAAUGCCUUAACCCCACCACCCAGAGUCGAGUAUCCAAAUUUUACCCCAUCCCAAACCUGCACAAUUCUGGUUUAUAGCCUCACGUCUGUCUGUGCUGUAAAACAGACUCCUGUCAAACUCGGCGGCGUUCACAGACGCUUCCUGGUGGAACGACGUCAUUUCUCUGACCGUUACUGAUAAACAUGAAAAUGUCUUCACUGCUCUGAUUCCACCUUUAGUGAGAAUAACGUGCCUACACACACACACUUAAUCAGUUUUUCUCAGCUCGUUGAGAAAUUGUCCAGUGGAAAAUAUGCACUUUUUUGAGCAUGAUCAAAAAUUUAAAAGUCUGCAGUUGAUAGCUAAGGCCAAUCAUGCUUAUCAGAUUACUGUAAGCACAGCCUGCUACUGUUUGAAUGAUCUCCAGUGCCUCAUAUAUUCUUUUCUUCUGCAUUGAGGCACUUCCCUGUGUUUUCUACAGCUUGCAGUAAAUACAGUGCCCCCUGAAUGUGUUGCACUUAAGUAACCGGUUAUCAUUUCCACCCAUAGUCACAAGAUGUAGACGGAUUAUUUUCAUCGUUUCACUUAAGCUGGUGAUCAAGCCAACUCUGAGGUCUUGUUUCACUGCAUGGAAGGUAGAGCUGGUUCAAAGGGAGAUGUGCCGGUGAGUCAGUGGGCUGUGUUAUGGCUGUGUAGUCUUACGUAUGUAGUGUCUGUUGUUGCCAUGAGAGUCAAAAAUAGCACCAUGUUGGGAUCAUAAGGCUGUAAGUUACAAUGAAAAGGAAUGUACUGUGUUGUAAACGAGUGAAAUGUUACAUGUCUGUACCUACAUAUGACGUUUAAUCAGAUCCUAUGCUUACCAUGACGAUUUUACAGUCUUGAGAGAUGAAUGAACAAGAAUAUAACGAUUGCUUUAACACACAACUUCAUUUCAGUGCUGUACUCUCAAACACACAUUCCCCUGUUCAGUUAAACACAGAGGUGACCUGUUUCUUCCUGAAGAAUGAUGAAAUCCUUUUUUUUUUUUUUUGAUUUAGAAAAUAAAUCACUUUACCUUCUGGGAGUUAUUUUGAGCAGUGUUGAGAAGUACGAUCACAAAUGGAUACUAAAGGAAUGUAAAGCUAUUGAUUUGCACUGUUUUGCCACAUGAACUAAAGAAAAAAAUAUGCAGUUGUAAACUGUCAAUGUAUUUUUCACAACGAGUCACCUUUGUCUCACCCAAGCCUAUUCAGACUCCAAACUGACUGAACUGUUUGAACAUUUUUGCCUGCUUUUUUUUUUUUUUUUUAAUCUUACCUUGUUUUUCAAAUAUUCCCUUAGUAUUUUAUGACCACAUAUAGUUUUCUAAACACGUAUUCCUGAUAUAUUGAUGCUGUAAUCACUCUUUAUGCUCUGGUUGAGACCAGUGUUCUAUGAAAGAUAAAAUGCUGUAUCUAUAACUGUAUGAAUUCCGAUGUGUGAGGAGACGUCCUUCGCUGUAUUUUACGAGCAAAGUAUUGAUGGUUCACAAAAAGAGACCUAUUUGAAGAUAAAGAUACCUGAUGAGUUUAUUUUGCCACUGCAUAUCAUCAGUGCAUGUUAUAAUUUCUGUAUGCUGACAUCAGAAUUGACUCGUGUUUUGUCAUGAAUGCUGGAUUUUUAUUGGGGUUGUUGGAGACUGUCUUGUGAAUUACACCAUAUGCCCCAUAGAUUUCAAAUAUUUUUUUAUUUUGUUAAGUUACAGCAUUUUAAUUGUCAUUGACUUGUCAUUCUACCACAUAGGAUAUUCUUAGUAUAUGCAUUUUUGACGUCAGAUCAAAUGUAUUUAAAGUGUCUCUAAAAAUGGACAUUUUCUUUUGUUGUAAAUAAAAUAUUAACUGUU